ACCCUUUCUUAAUCUUAAAAGCGCGCUCUCCCUCAUUGUCUCUCCCGCAAACUCAAUUCCAAAACAGCAAACCCCAAAUUCCCCUGAACUUAAUAUUUUAAAAAAAAACCAACGCCAAAAGGCAACAGAUUCUACCCUAAAAGUCACUAAUUUCUCUUCACCCUUAACUUUCCAUUCAUUUUUACUGAUUUUCAAGUACCCUUUUCAGCAAAGCCUCUAUUUCUUCCAGAGUUUGGAGCUUUUCUUGGUUCUUUCUCAAAAGCGCAUGAACUUAGUUCUUGCAAAACUUUGAAAUUUGAAAUUUGGGUUUUUCGAAGAAGUGGAAGAUCAAGCUGAUUCUGCCUUCGUUUCUAAAGGCUUGGCAUUGAUGCCUGGAGCUGAUUCCAAGUUGGUGGGAAUGAAGAGGAGCAUUGAUGAUUUAAAAGAAACACAUGAAGUUUCACCUAAGCGAAUCAAAAUGAGAGAUCUUGAUUCUGUCAUCCGCUCUGAGGCUGCCACAGUUGCAUCUCAAUACUUCUUCAGCAAGAUAUUAAAGGACUUCUUUCGGCACAGUAAGAAGAAAGUGCAAGGUGUAAUUACAACAGAGCUAUCUUUUCUAAUAUCAAAAGAAUUCCCCUCUAACCAAGGGAAUGAUCCUGAUAUUUUAAGAAAUUCUGCUGAUGGAUUUUCCGAUGAUGGUGCUGCUGAGGUGCAUAGAGCGAGAUGGAGUGCACUGUUUGAUCAGAUGGAUAAAGCUCUUUCUCAAAAAGAGAAACAGCUAGAAAUUUGGUUGAGCCAAAUAAAAGGGAUGCAACUGCAUUGUGAUCAGGGCUUGCAACGUAUGCAUUGGAAUGUGCUUUAUAGUUUACCACAACUAGGAGGAUCAGAAAGUAAUAUCAGAUCGGUGAUGGGGGACAGCUUUGACAGGGAAUUGGCUAAGGGCAGCUGCUGCUUCCAUUUAUUCAACGUGCAAUUUCAUGUUGUCAAAGGAGAGUGUACCCUAUUCCCUAAUCUGAUUAACAGUGGCACCUAAUUUAAAUUGAAUGUUCUUAAUGCUACCGUAGAAACAUCAAUUUGCAUUAUGCAAACUAGUCGUUAGGUUUUGUUAGGUUGAUAAGGACUUGCUGAGUUGUGAAAUUCCAACACUAGAAGUGAGGUCAUCUUUUGUCUGUUAUUUUCUUUUUUCAAUUUCGUUUAUAAGCCUUUAUCAGCAUAGGGGCAGAAUUUGAUGUUAGAAUUGCAAUUGUCGCACUGUGAGGUUCCUUAAUAUCCUUUUGCGUUCAAACAUUUUUUGCCAUUUUCUUGCACUUGUUCUGUAAUUUACAAGGCUUGUACCACAAUUUUGGACUCAUGAAAAACUAUAACAAUGGUAGAGAAAUAUUUUCAAGUUAGGUUAAAUAUUGAACCGUGGCAUACCGGCAACAAAGUAUCACUUGCCCCCAUUUUAUAUGAAUUGCAGGUCUACAACUAGUUUGGUCCCAUCUUGCUUGACAUUGGCUUCGAGGAUGUAUCGUCUGGAACUUUGGGAACCGAGCGAUACUGCAAUUUAACACUAUGCAAAUGGAAAUUGUAAUAAGCAAGAAGGAUCAUUUUUUACUUUGCCUUGAAAGAUACUUUGACAGACUCAGGCUGAAAUAUUUUAGUAUAAUCCAGAAAUAUAAGAAAACAUCUUUAUCGUGAUUCCCUGUCUAUGGUGUUGUCCACUAUGUCUUACUAUGAACAAACAAACAAACAUGUAACACAAUCUCAAGUUCUCAAAACAGGAUACCUUCCGUCAAUCUCUAUCCAAACUCCAAACUCAAAAGCAUACUCCCAAAUAAUAGCACCGGAAAUAUUCAGGCCAAUGUCACCUAAACUCUAUCUUGCCAACCAAUAGAUAAUCACAUGCAAAUUGAUACAUUAGCAUCUACAUAGACUUUUAUCUGGGCAGAGGAAUAUGAGUUGAUUCAAGAUUUUGCAAACAUUAGUAGAGAGUGAGAAAGAGAGA